UGCUGCUGCUUAAUUACGAUUCUCAAAAAAUUGAUUUUAGCUUUGCAUUUUCCUCUGUUUUUUUUCUUUUAUAUGCUUUUCAUGAACUUUGCAUUCCCAAAUCACUUUGUGUUCUUGUAGAGUUUGUAGAAAUGGAGCAUCAAGAACCAAGCACUGAGAUAUUUGAAAAGUUCACAUGGAAGAUUGAGAACUUCUCUCGCUUGAAAGUUAAUAAGAUAUACUCCGAACCUUUCAUCAUUGGUGGCUAUCCAUGGAGGAUUCUUCUGUUUCCAAAGGGCUGCUUUUCAAUAUAUUUGGAGGCUAUCAAAACUGCUAAUAUGUCUGAGGGAUGUGGCAGAGAUGUCAAAUUUAAGUUGCUUGUAUUCAAUCAGUUGGAUUCCAACAUGACAAUCACAAAAGAAAGAAAACACGAUUUCAAUGCAAGGGAGGUUAACUGGGGAUUUACAUCUUUCAUGACUUUAACUGAGUUUCGUGAAAAGGGGUUUCUCGAGAAGGAUACUUGUAUUGUUGGUGCAGAAGUUUUCGUCUGUAAGUCAACACUUGAGGAACCAGUGAAUCAAGCAUCUAACUUAACUGUUUCUGAAACAACUGGAAGUCAGAAUGGGGAAGUGGAAGUCCCAAUGCCAAAUCCAGAAGUUCAAGACCCAAAACUUGAAACUAUUUCACCAGUUUCUACACAUAUUGAUGCAGAGUUGUUCUCACCCACAAUUGAAGAACUUAUGGAUUUUGGUACUAUAGGACAAUUAGAGGAAGCAUGUACCGAUAUUCCUCCACUUAUUGAGUGUCCGUCAAAGAGAAGUCGCCAUUUUAACUAUUUUGCUUUUGCUGCAUUGGGGAGAAUUAUUUAUUUCCUCAAGACUAGGAAAGUGAAAGACAUGAAUGAGCAAGCUUGUAAGGAUCUUCAAGUUUUAUGGGAUGAACUCAAGAAAUUUAGAUUUGAUGUUUCUUGGCUAGAGCCCCAUGUUCAAUAUGCUUUGGGAAUGAAAAGUUAUGUGGAGAAAGCUUUUGAAAUAGAGAAGUUAAAGAAGAAUGUGGCAGCUCUAGAGCUGGAAACAGAGAGGCUAAAGGCAAAAUUGGUUGCUGCUGAGGUAAAUAUUGACAUAGAAAAAGAUUUGUUGAAAGCAAAAGGGUUUGAAGAAAGAGAUUUGGAUUCUGAAUUGGGAUGUGGGAGUUGGAGACCAUAGAUCUAUAUCUAAUAAUGGAUUGAUUUUAAUGUCUUCAAACUAUUAUCUUUAGAGGUAUUAUGUUAAAAUGUGUUUUCUGAUCUGUUUAACAUACCAUACCUCAUUUCCUAUUGUUGCUUUUUUGUUUAGAACUUUCAUUUCAUAUUUCGUGCCUCCAAGCUAUGCUAGCUUUAGCAAAGGCAUAAUUUCACUUUAUUAUUAUGUAUCUUUUUGAAAUUGAGAUGGCCCUUGAAAUAUU